GCUCGUGACUAAUCCACUGCAAUAAUCAAAUAAUCCCACCUCCAUCCGCGCGAUCUCGCAAUCUUCAACAGGCAUCAAUGGCGGGCGUAAGGAACAACGAACUGCGCAUGACCUUGCUCGGUCUGGCCCUGCUAGGGCUCCUGCUUCUGAGCCACACCGCGGAGCCGGUGGAGGCUGCCACGGGCGUGGGCAAGGACAGCUUCUCCAUGAAUGGCGCCGGCGGCCGCAGUCUCAACAGCUUCAGCAUGAACCAUGCCGAGGGCGGCAAGGGCGCCAAAGGGGGCGAAGCCAGCCCCGCCGCCGGCGACUUCUGAUCGACGAUUCUUCGCUGCCGUACGUCGUGCUUGCAUGCAUGCAUGCAUGCUCGUGCGGUGGUUGCGCAGGAUCGGUCAAUCGCAUCGGCCGGCCGCCCGGAGCUCCUGCAUGCGCGCGCGUAUGUUGCUGCGUUUGAUUAAGUAUUGUGUUUUUCGUUUGUGUGUGUAAUUUAGAUGUGCAGAUGCAGUGCGUGUGCUGCACCCAUCCGGCGUGUUCCUCGUGUAACGGUGUAAGGGCUAUCUAUUGAAUGAUCACAGAAACACUGGUAUUU